AUGUCGCUCCUCGACGACGGUCCGGCGAGUGGCGUCGAGCUGCACCUCGCAAAGCUUCCCUCCCGCGGCCAGCGCGCCGUCAAGCUGAGCGGCGAGGCCGCCGCCGCCGAGGAGCAGCAGCGCGAGGCGGAGGAGGUGCCGGCUGUGCGGCGCACCAAGAAGAAGAGCUGCGGCAGCAGCGGCCCGAGUGGCGGGGCCUCGGCGCCGCCCGCAGAGGCGGGGCCGGCGCCGAUGCCGCAGGCCAAGCCGGAGCAGGGAGGGGGCGAGGCGGAGCACGCACUGCCGGAGGGCUGGCAGAAGGGGGUGACGCCCGACGGGCGCGACUACUUUUACAACGUGGGCACCGGCGCGACGCAGUGGAUCCGGCCCAACGACUACUAG